CCUGUCACCGGCCGGCCCGGCUCGGCCCCGCCCUCCCGGCCACCGCCCUGGCCUGGCCGGUCGACCCCGCCCGCCGUUGCCAGCCGCGGGGCCUCGGCAGCCCCUCAGCCGCUUCCUCACGGGCAGCAGCGGCCGCCGCCGGGAGAAGCCCCGUUGCCAGAGGAAAAGGCUCAUUUGACGUGAGAGAAGAGGGGAAAACAUCUUCUGCAGCGGCAGCUGGUGCCUCUGUCGUCUUGAUCAUGGACAGUGAAGAAAUCCCAACAUUUUCCAGUCCAAAGGAGGAAACUGCAUAUUGGAAAGAACUUUCCUUGAAGUACAAACAAAGCUUCCAGGAAGCUCGUGAAGAGCUGGCUGAAUUUCAGGAAGGAAGCAGAGAAUUAGAAGCUGAGUUGGAGGCACAGCUAGUGCAAGCUGAGCAAAGGAACAGAGAUUUGCAAGCAGAUAACCAAAGACUCAAGUAUGAAGUGGAAACAUUAAAGGAGAAACUGGAGCACCAGUAUGCACAAAGUUACAAGCAGGUGUCGUUGUUAGAGGAUGACCUAAGCCAGACAAGGGCCAUUAAAGAUCAGCUGCAUAAAUAUGUGAGGGAGCUGGAGCAGGCCAAUGACGACUUGGAACGUGCAAAGAGGGCAACAAUAGUUUCAUUGGAAGACUUUGAACAGAGGCUGAACCAAGCAAUUGAGAGAAAUGCCUUUUUGGAAAGUGAACUGGAUGACAAGGAGUCAUUGCUGGUUUCUGUGCAGAGAUUAAAGGAUGAAGCCAGAGACUUAAGGCAGGAGCUCGCGGUGCGGGAAAGGCAGCAAGAAGUCACCCGCAAGUCAGCACCCAGUUCUCCCACUCUGGACUGUGAAAAGAUGGAUUCAGCUGUCCAGGCCUCUCUCUCCUUGCCAGCUACACCUGUUGGAAAAGGAUCAGAAAAUAGUUUUCCUUCCCCAAAAGCUAUACCCAAUGGGUUUGGUACCAGCCCCCUCACUCCUUCAGCUAGAAUAUCUGCACUCAACAUCGUGGGAGAUCUCUUGCGCAAAGUGGGGGCCUUAGAAUCCAAAUUAGCUGCUUGCAGAAACUUUGCCAAGGACCAGGCCUCAAGGAAAUCCUACAUUUCAGGGACUGUGACCAGUGGCAUGAUGAACAGCAAUGGCACAAAGUACCCUCACCCAGGGCACACCUCCUUCUUUGACAAAGGGGCAGUGAACGGCUUUGAUCAAGGUCCCGGCGGCCUGGGAGCCUCCCGCCCAUCCUCUGCGCCCGGGAUGCUGCCCCUGAGCGUAUGAGCCCGCGCCGGGGUCGUGUUCGGACUUGCGGAUGCUUUUCUCAGCCCGCCACGAGAAGAAGCUGCUCCGUCCCGUCCCGCCCCGUCCCGCCCCGUCCCGUCCCGCCCCGUCCCGCCCCGUCCCGCCCCGCCCCGUCCCGUCCCGCCCCGUCCCGCCCCGUCCCGCCGCCGCAGCACGACCCGGGACCCCGCGCCCAGCGCCCCUCCCGCCGCCCGGCACCGCUCCGGACCCGGCCCGGGACACGCCGGAGCUGGGCUCACCUUCGCGUUCUCUCUCCUGGCGUGGCUCUGGCGGGACACAGACGCUGCCCGCUCCCUGCUCGGCAGCGGCUGCAGCUCUGGGGCUCAGUUCGGGCCGCUGCCGCGCUCGCUGUGGCCGCUGCGGCCAGUCGGGCCGGGCGGAGGAGCAGAGCCCUGCACGGCCCCGUCCCAGCAGCUGAGGCCGUUCCCCCCCGCGCAGCGCCGGGCUCAGCCGCUGCCGCUCCCUCCCGGGGCCGGUGCCACGGACCCGCUCAGCCCCCUCCCCGGAUCCUGCCCCCCCGACACAACCAUCGUCCGAGCUCUGUAAUAUACGGCUGGGUUCUACAGCAUCACCUCCGGGCUUCUGUGAGAGUGUUGGGCGCCUGUGUUCCCGUGUGGGGCUUUGAAGCAGCAUGUUUGUGCGAUUUCUCUGUCCGUGUGCCUCAGAGUCGGUGCAUUCCUGCAGCGAGCCUGCAGCGCUGGACGGCUGUGUCUGUCGGGUUGAUUUCCAAGCGCUGAGAAUAGCCCUUGGCCCCAGCAGAAGGGAGGUGGGAGCCCCCUUCCCCCCACCUCCAGCCCCCUCCGCCGUCAGGGCUUGUCGGUCCUUCCCCUUGUGCGUCCUCUGCUGCAUUUGACUGUUUACAUUUGUUUUCCUGUAUAUAGGUUUGUAAACAUAACGAUCUUUGCCUCAGAUCUUUGUACAUAACUUGGGCUUUGGAGCUUUAUUUAUUCGGAGUCUCUCCGGCAUGUUUCCAUAGGCCAGUGUAAGGACCAGCCCAGGGACACAGCGGGCCGAGACACAACAGGGGAGAGGAAUCUUCCAACAAUAAAGGUCUUUUAACGUGGAA